AGGAGUUCAAGAGCCGCCGUCAGCAGUCAGUCCAGUAAACCGCUAAACAAGGCGACAAUUAAGAACACUUAAUUCACCCCACGGCUUUGUGUCAACUAUCUACACGACCGGUUGACGGGUGUUUGCGCCAGACUGCUGGAGAGUCUGCCACGUCUCGGAGGCUGCGCACAGUUGGUCGUACAGUACAUACCACCCCGCAACCCACUCCGCGACGGCUCUUGUUCCAGGACGGGACCGCUGUAGUUUUCUGCGACUCUGGAAUACAACAUGCUGAAACGGAGACCAGCCGCUGUUUCUUUUGCACUUCUUGCUGCUGCGCUGGUUUCCAGCAGCGUGGUCUCAGGCUCCUUUCCCGUGGCCCAAAAUGUCACCUGGAAAUCAACCAACUUUAAAACAAUGCUUACAUGGGAACCUAAACCAACACCUGACUAUUCUUACACCGUUGAAUUCUCAGUGAUUGGUGAGGACAGAAAGAGAAACCCGCACUGCAUCCACACAGCAGAGACCGAGUGUGACCUGUCCAGUUCUUUGACAGACCUCAAAUCCACAUACGUGGCCGAUAUACUCUCUGAACCCCCACUCGGAGUCACCUCCGAACUCACCGAGUUCCCCCACGCAAGGUCGCCGCGCUUUUGCCCCUACAAAGACACUGAUAUCGGCAGACCUGACUUCAAGAUCGAGGUGAGCAAAGACAAGAGCAACAUCACCCUGUACGUGUCGGACCCGCUUACGGCCCUGUUCGACGGCGGCAGGAGGCUGAGCAUCCGCGACAUCUUCACCGAUGACCUUCAGUACAAGGUCACCUACAGGAGAGCUAAAAGCUCUGGCAAGCGAACGCAGACCUCCAAGAGCAGCGAGAUUGCGAUAAAUAACGUGGACCGGGGACAGAGCUACUGCUUCAACGUGCAGGCCUUCAUCCCCAGCCGCACCAGCAAGCAGCUGGGCGAGCUCAGCCAAACCAAGUGUACCCACAGCGAGGACGAGUCCAUCUUUGACACGUACUCGGCCGGUGUGAUCGUCGGCGCCAUCGUCCUGAUCUUGGCUGUCGUGGUCACCGUCAUCUCUGUCACGGUGAUCUGCUGCAAGCGCAGGGCCCAAAAAAAUGGAAAGGAGGGCGUGCCGCUGCGGGACGUGUGAGGGCCACGUCCUCACU